UUAGGGACAUUAGGAAGAUGGCGGCUGCCCCGCUCUACUGUGUCUGCCGGCAGCCCUAUGAUUUUAACCUGUUUAUGAUCGAAUGUGACAUUUGUAAAGACUGGUUCCACGGCAGUUGUGUUCAGGUAGUGGAGCACCAUGCUGCUGAUAUCGAUGUUUAUCACUGUCCCAACUGUGAGCCCAUCCAUGGACCCUACAUGAUGAAAAAGCGCAAAAACUGGCACAGGCAUGACUACACUGAGCCAAAUGAUGGCACACGUCCCGUUCAGGCAGGAACUGCUGUGUUUGUACAGCAACUCCAGGCCAGGAGCUUUGCCAGUGGCCAUGAGAUUCUGGUGCCAAUGCAGGGGAGCCAGGUGACCCAGCGCUACCUGGAGAGGGAGGGCUUCCAUUACCCCAUAGUGGUCCAUGACCUGGAUGGACUGGGGCUUAAACUGCCCCCUCCCUCGUUCUCUGCCAGCGAUGUGGAGCAUUACGUGGGUGCAAAUAAAGUCAUUGACGUGAUUGAUGUGGCAAGGCAGGCCGACAGCAAGCUCAAGCUGGGAGAGUUUGUGAAAUAUUACUACCAGCCAGAACGACCAAAAGUGUUGAAUCUCAUCAGCCUGGAGUUCUCCGAUACAAGGAUGGGCGAUUUGGUGGAGGUUCCUGAAAUUGUGCAGAAGAUGUCCUGGGUGGAGAACUACUGGCCCGAGGACUCGUUCUUCCCCAAACCAUUUGUGCAGAAGUAUUGCCUCAUAGGGAUGAAAAACAGUUACACGGACUUCCACAUCGAUUUUGGAGGAACUUCAGUGUGGUAUCAUGUUCUCUGGGGAGAAAAGAUUUUCUACUUGAUCAAGCCGACUAAGGCUAACCUUGCACUAUAUGAGUCCUGGAGCUCAUCACCCAAUCAGAGCGAAGUAUUCUUCGGGGAUAAAGUCGACAAGUGUUACAAAUGUGUGGUGAAGCAGGGCACUACCAUCUUCCUCCCCCCUGGUUGGAUCCAUGCGGUGCUCACUUCUCAGGACUCCAUGGCCUUUGGUGGGAACUUCUUGCAUAACUUAAACAUAGGCAUGCAGCUCAGGUGUUAUGAGAUGGAACGCAGACUGAAGACUCCAGAUCUCUUUAAGUUCCCAUACUUUGAGGCCAUCUGCUGGUAUGUGGCCAAAAACCUUCUGGAGACCCUUAAAGAGCUGCGGGAGGAUAAAUGUCAACCUCAGGGUUAUCUAGUGGACGGAGUGAAAGCUUUAAUCUCAUCACUGAAGACAUGGCUGAGGCGGGAGUUGACUCAACCCAACAGUGAGGUUCCAGACCAUAUCAGGCCAAGCCGACUCAUUAAAGCUCUGACCCAGGAGAUCCGCUUCCUGGAGGGUGAAUCAAAUAAAGCAGGAAAAUCUCAGGGAAGUGCUGAGUGCUCUGUAUCACGCUCAUCACUGGAGAAGGGAUAUCAGGCACAUCGGGCCGCUCGGUGGAUACGAGACCACCGUCAUCGACACCACCUUCAUCAUCAUCAUCAUCACAGCCGCAAGCUGCCCUCUAACUUGGAUGUCCUGGAGCUUCACACGCUGGAGGUUUUAAAGAGACUGGAGGUCGGGCCUCCUGAGGUGGACCCAGCCUUCAGCUCCAAAGUGAACGGCAAGUUCAAGAAGGUGUCUGCAGUAGCUGUUGAGGGCGCUCAUGACAACGCCCUGCGCCUGGUGCUGUGUAAUGGCAAAAUUAUGCGGGAGAGGUUUCCUGUCAGUAAUGUGGCAGCCAAAGUCACUGCAGUGGAAAUGUUGCAGUUCCAUCAACACGGGAUCAAACUGGAAAGGAUGUCGACGUGCCAACAAGAAAAAGGGACAAAAGAAAAGCGAGAGGAUGAAUUAAGACUACACUGCACUAUCAAGAAACCAGUCAAUCACAGCCUAGCUGUGCAGACAGAGCUCAGGACAGAGUCGCCACAUGUCACGUCUUCAGACAGUGAUUCGGAGUCCGAAGCUGAAGAUUCGCCUGAGAAACGCUCCGAGUCGGAGAGCUCUGAGGAAGAGGAUGGAGGAAGCACGAGAGACUCAGGGAGUUUUGUGGAGCAUCUGAGCGGCCUGCAGCGCGGCCACCAUAAGCAAGCGCUUAAGCGAGAACGUCCUACCUCACCGAGCACAGAUGAUGCCAUUCAGGGCAUGCUGUCGAUGGCGGGGCUGCUGUGUCAGCGGGCGUCAGCAGGGGGCGAUAUGUUACAGCAGCAGCAGCACUGGUGGUCCAGUCAGGGGAACAGCAGCAGCAGCAGCAGCAGCAGCAGCAGUGACGCCUGGGACAGCAGUGAACCCUGCUCCGCAGCCCGCAGCCCCGAGGGAGAGGACGGGAGUCUCGGAGAGGAGGAUUCAUAUAGAGAGAGCUCACUUUCUCCUCCCCUCCACCCCUCCAAAAGACACGCCCCCAACCCCACACCCAUCAGCAACCAGGCCACUAAAGGAAAGCGUCCUAAGAAAGGACAGGCGACGGCUAAACAGAGGUUUGGGAAGAUGUUAAAAAUGAACCACCAUAAAGGCUUAUUCCUGUAGCAUGACGGAGGAGAGAAUCAACACCGCUGCUUUUCUUUAUACGCUGGGAUUAUUAUCACACACAGUUCUCUUACUCACUGUGCACGUUUAGGUGACAGGGUAUGUUUAACAGCUCACUUUUAUUUCACCAAUCACACAUAAUACGACACAUUAUCCAUCAGCACAGGGAAACUGCUUUACUUCAACAUUAACAGUUUCAAGAGGAAGCACAGAAACGGAUAGUCGGAGGUCCUCUCCCCCACCCUACCUCUUAUCACAUCUGUAGCAUGAGUGUCCAGGCCCUCUACAGCCCUGACACUGGUCUUCGGAUUCCCCUCAAGUCAUUCUCAAUCUGCCUAUUUCUCUCUCCUUUGAUCGUCUCAGGCUGAUGUAUGAGCUUUUGAAAUGGUGCUGGACGUUUAGAAGUCCUUCUCCAGUUCCCCUCUGCCCCUUUAAGCAAUAAUUGUACAGCAUUGAGUGUUGAAUUGACGAUUUAGUGGGCCGCACUUUUAGGAUGCGCAGGAAGUCCUCUCAAAGUGGAAAGUAUUGUACAACCAUCAAAAGAAAUCCAAAAAAGUGGCAAAGAUAUAACAUGAUUCGACUGUUUAUACUACAUUAAUUCUCCGGUGGACUUAAAUAGGCGAUUUAAAGGAAUAUUCUGAGGUACUUUUUGUAUACUGUUCAAGUUCUGCUGAGGAAAAUACAUUGGAGUUGUACCUUGUUUUGUAAAAACAAAACGUUUAAUUUAGAAAGCAUUUUUUAACUUAUCUUCCGAAAGCUAGUGAAAUGUUGCGUUUACACUGGAAAAGAAAUGGAUGAAAAUGCGUUGCCACACGUUACUUUGCCUUUGUCUAGUGGCCACAGAGAGGUACUGCAUCCUGAAGCGCCGCGUCUGAAAUACUGUUUGUGAUGUAGUUUGCGAGGACUAAAUAUGCUCAUGAUCUUUCGCUCAUUCUGCAUAAUUUAUGUUCUAUUUUGUUAGCUUUGACUUUUUUUGGUUGACUGGGUAACUUAUUUAUUAAUUUCAAAGAUAUAAGGAUUUAUAUUGCAUUGAGUUUCCUGUUUUUUUUUUUUUUUUUUGCAUUGAAUAGUUUUGUAAAUAGGAGUCUAAUUUUGAAUGUUGCCGAUUCCAGAGGAAUGAGCUUUUGUUUAGCUUUAUGGAUUUUGUCGUUAACACAUUUAAUGCUACUUAAAUCUGAAUGACUUUUCCUGUUCAGUUUACCUCUGAAAUGUUUUAGUUUGUUUGAAUCAUGUCGCUUUAUGUUGACUUUCUGACCUGUUGAAGCGGGACAAAAGAAUUUCAUCGGGAACAACAAAGUGGUGCUCGCGUGUGAAUUUCUUAGAGAGGCUAUGAAACGUUUUCUCAGGGAACAUCGUACAGGUGACAUCUUUGAAUUCAUCACCAGCACUGGCAUACAGUCUCGUUUUAUACUCGUUUCCACAAGUUUGCCAACAAAUGUAUAUAUAUUCCCAAUACUUUUACUUUAUUCUUGUUUUUGUUUUAUUUUGUCUGGUGGACGUAAAUCCCAGAUUCAGAACAAAAUUGUGUCCCGCUGUGAAGUAUAUAUUACAGAAAUAUUCUUGAGUUUGUUGGACUUUGUGCAUGGAGCGGCACCAACAGAUUAUGAUCAGCUAUCCUCGACUGUUGUGGAAGAGGUCUGUUGGUUUAAAAAGCAAAUGCACUAUUUUGGAUAAAUAGGCUCAGGCUUUGUUACCGUUUUGAGUUUUGGUCUUGCGCAUGUGUUUUAUGAAAGAAAAAAAAAAAGUUUCUCUGUUUUUGUUCACUAACCUUUGAUAUAGACAAGCACCCUUACAUCUUUCUCCUUCAUAUUUGAUCAGUGGAGCUGGUUUUCAGACAGGUUUCCUUUGCUCUGACGCAUUCAUUGUACAGUAUUUAUUAAUCUCUAGCAUUCAUUUCCCUUUUCAUCUGUGGUAUAGACUCAAUGUCGCUGUGUUUUAAGAUGCUGUGUUCUGUUCCCCAGAGUUCUCGAUGAAAGUUUUGGAUGUGAUGGAAUUUCUCCAAUGCAAUUUAUUUAAUUUUGUAGAUCACACUGUCCCCUCGACUCCCCCCUUUACCAAAUGUUAAGUGAUAAAACACUGUUCUGACAAA